UCCCGGGCGGAGAAGCCCCUGUCCGCUCGCUGGAGAUUUGGGGAUGGGGAAGGAGGGGGGAUGUGGUGCACACGGGAAUCGCACUGUUUCUUAAAAAACUCCUUUUUCAAAAUCACUCCCUCAUCCUUGGAUCUGUACGGGAGCUAUUACAACUCUACUCUCUAAAAAGUUUCCUUGACAGCGUUAACUUUUUGUCUUUAUUAUUUUUUUUUUGGCUCCAUCCCCGCGUUUCUCCCUUCCCUCCGCGGUUUCCGAAGGCACCGGCCGGGGGUUUUUGCCGGUGCCGAGGUGUUGUCGUACCUCGGGUCCCCGUGUGCGAGUCGGUGCAGCCUGAACAAAGCCGCAGCAGCAAUUGCUUCGCUGUGGGAUAUUUGGAGGGGAUCUCGCUAAUCUCUGCGCGUUGGCUCGAAUUAAACAGCACGAAAAUGGAGAAGUUGUUCUGACUUAAAAAGACCCGUAUUCCUGUCUCCCAUCCCCGAUGCCUGCAGGGCUGGCAUCGGACCAUCCUCAGCCACAGAUCAGGCUGAUUUAAAUUUUUUUCUUUCUCCCCCGAUAAAAAGUUUUGGAGUUGGGUUUCGGAGGGAGGCAAAUCAGCCUGGGUGAUUUUUACAGCACCGUUAGUGGUUGUAAUCCCGGGAGGCUGAUGAACGAAAGGGAUCACCGAGAUGCACCUCUGUUCUGGCUGCCAGGAGAGCAACAAUCUUAUUUUACUGCAAGGAAUCGUCGCCAGCUGGUGGAUGAGCCGAGGUGCCGGUGCCUCAGACACUUUGAUCCUGCGUGGAGCUGAGCUCGGUGGGGCUGUGAGCGUGGCAAGGCUCCGUGUGCCGGGGUCGUGUGUGGGGAGUGCCGUGGGCCCCGGCGCUGCUCUGCGGAGGGGUCAGGGAGCUGGGGAUGUGCCGAGGAUUUUUGACAAAAAGCAGAAGUGUCACCGGAGGAAAAAAAAAAAAAAAAAAAGAAACAAAGCGCAGCAAGGGAAACCGUUCUCCUGUCGGCUCCCACGAGAACCUGUGCCUCGUUCUCCGGAACAGCCGUAAAAUUGCAGGGAAAACAAAGCUGGGGGUGUUCACUCUCCCUCCACGAGUAUGGCAACGACUGCACAGUACAGACAGCUCCUAAAUGACUAUGGCCCCCCAUCUCUAGGCUAUACACAGGGGAUGCAGGGUACCAGCAGCAGUCAAGUCCCACAGAGCAAAUAUGCAGAGCUUCUAGCUAUCAUAGAAGAAUUAGGAAAAGAGAUUAGACCCACAUAUGCUGGGAGCAAAAGUGCGAUGGAGAGGCUAAAAAGAGGCAUCAUCCAUGCCAGAGGGUUAGUUCGGGAAUGCCUGGCCGAGACGGAGCGAAACGCGAGGUCUUAGCCCGCCGAUUCAGCUGCGAGAUCUUCCAUCUCUCUUCCCGAAGAAAAAGGAACACUUAUUCCUUUUGACUCUUGAAAGGUUCACACAAAUUCCUUUCUUUUGAAUGUUUUGCCUUUCUCAUUUUGCCCUUGCAAAAAUGUAUAGUUAAGAAUGGGCAAAAAAAAAAAACAAACAAAAAGAAAACCAACCAAGGAUUUUUCAACUUACCGAGGGUUUGCAUUUUGUAAAGAUGUUGAAACUCCCUGAGAUGUUUCUAAAACAUGGAAACUGAAGUGCAUGCAGAGGAAUGCUCUCUCUCUCCCGGGCUAUAUUUCAGUUCUCUUCUUAUCCAGCCACAGCCUCAUUCUGUUUUUUUUUUCCUUCAGCUGUAUUCACUUAUCCCCAAACUGUCAAUCUUUCAAAGUUUGGCAGAAGCUCUAAGGAUUUUUUUAAUCAAUGCAGAAUAGCAUGCUGUACCUAGUAGUCUGCUACGUCACAAUUUGUCAUACAGCAUAGACCCUGCUUAGAAAUAACCUCCCCUUUCUCUUAUUUUCCCUUUUUUUUGUUCAUUUUGCAUAAACAUUUGCAUGACUGUUAGUGCUUUGAAGUCCAUUUAAAGUGCAUGAGCUAUAUGGAAAAUAGGGAAACCUAUUAAAUAAUAACAAGGUCCUGGAAAGCUAAUUCCUACAUAAAGGCUGGAGAUUUCAGUUUAAAGUUUGCCAAAAAAAAAAAAAAAAAAAAAAAAGGAAAAUUCUGGAUAAAUGACUAAAACUGUUAUUUGCAUCUUUGUAUGUAUUUAUUACUUGACGUAAUAAAGCUUAUUUUCAUUAACAGUUUGUAUUAAAA